GUUUCACCUCAUAUUGCAAAAAUGGGUGGAUUUUCGAUUCAAACGACUUCACAAUGGACUUUUGCCUUCGCGUUCUCAACAACAUUCCUCUUGAUCAUGUGUUUGAGGACUCGGACUAUAUCCUUCGUUGUCCCAAAGUCCAAAACUUAACUGCCAAUAGGUUCAUUCUUCUCAAAAUUCUUAAGGAGAACAUAAUUCUCGUCCUUAAAAAGGACAAACUUGUCGGGAUUUAUGAGGGCACACUUCUCUAUUUGCUCCUCACUCACAAGAAAAUCAACCUUCCAUCACUCAUUAUCCAACACAUGCAUGAAUGCUCUGGUUGCCUCAACAAACCCUGUGGCAUGGUACUCACCCACAUCUUUGCCAAGCAAGGCAUUCUCAGGGUUCGUCCCUCACACGUUCGCUUUCUCGACGCAGAGUGUCUCGGGUAUUGUGGCCUCGUCAAGGUUGGUGACACAUACUACAUGAAACGAGAGUUUCAAAACCUUGAUGCAAAAACUCGAGCGGAGUAUGGUCCUCGGCGAUCCAUGUCAUCCAUUCCCUCCACUUCUCAAGCUCAAGAGCCCAAAGCCGAUGAAAAUGCAGGGGUCCCCGUUCGUGCCCCACGACUCAAGCGUUCCAAGCCCGCCUCUCAUACAUCCUCGGCAUCACUCUUGCAUCGCCACUCUCACACGGCCUCAUCCUCUAAGAACCCUUUCAAGAAAUUUAAGAAAUUUCUCCUCAAGAAUGUGGUUGAACCAAUGAAGAAGCCUCAAGAAAGCCUUGAUGAUCUCUCCGAACUGAUGAAGAAGAUGGAGGACCGAGAGAAGCGCCAAAGGAAUAAAGAGGAUCAAGCUUCUAGGCGCCCUUAGAUGUUGAGCAUUUGGCAAUAUUGAUUAAACAUUUUCUUUUGCACUAUUACUUCAUUAUGUUUAAGACUCUUGUGGUAUGUAUUGUAUGAAUUCAAUUUGUUGUUUUGGAUAUUAUGUUUCAAACUUGUUUACAUUGGCUAUGGUUGUGCUUUCUUGAAUGCCUAUGGGUUGUCUAUUCAUUUUUCAUACCCCACCUUUUUGAACGUUGCCAAAAGGGGGAGAAAGAUUAGGCUUUCAUAUGCAUGUAUUUAGGGGGAGCUUUUGUCAAAAUCCUAAGUGAAUCAACUUAUUAGGGGGAG